ACACCGCACUCUCCCGGAUCUGUUUGAGUGAUUGUCGUGUUUCCGCCCCGCUGGCAAACUUCGCGGCCGGGAUUUUGUGCAAUAAUAUCCUUGCCCAAAAUUGUGUGAUUUGCCGUCGUGUGGCGAGAGUGAGACAGAAGCUGGGUGGGUGGUUUUUUAGGUAUCGGAUUCUGGCUUGUAAGUUGCGGGGAGCGGCUCAAGAGCGAUGAUGGUGUUUCUCGACACAUUCCGCAGUGCUGUGAUAACCUGAAAUGUGCCAGUGAAUUGGAAAUCCCAUCCCAAGUGAUCAAUAUAUACGAAAACACUCACAGAGGGAGUUUAAUGUGGCACUCCUGCCCGGGUUUUGCCCACUGGCAACAAUCAACUGAGCCCCAGAUGAUGGAAAAGUUCCCGGCACAACUUUUUAUUGGUGUGCAAUGAUGGUUUCACCAUUGCCGAUAGUCUUGGUGGGUGUUGGCGCAGGAGUGGCAAGAGUGUCCGGGUAGUGAGAUGGAAAUAAAUCAUAAUAGAAAUGGACCAGAGACAAUCCCACAAUAAUUUGGUCUGACGUGGAUUCAGCAACAUGAUGCAUUUUGAGUGCUAAUUUAAUUGGAUUUCUGGCUCCUCCUGGUGCGCAACCCCAACUGAAGUAUUGUUGCGUUGGUGCUUUCCACACCCCAAGUGUGCACGAGGCCCCGGGCGAGUGAGAUUGUGUGCGUGAAAUACGAGGUGGGCUUAAAUAAUGACAACCAUAAUUCAUAAUUUGAUUAGAACUUUCGCAUAAAGUGUCCAGCGUCACCACAUUCGGCCCGGCAAUCCAUUCGAUGUUGUGCGGGGGUGGUUGUUAUUGUGGCGCAACGAUCGUGGUCCGGUGCUAACGUAAAUAGUAAUUUUCACUCAACCAAAGCCCCGGUGGAGCAUUUAGACUCCCCGGCCAUGCACUCUACCCACCGACACUUGAUGAUGGCGCGGGUGCUUAAAAUGUAAAUUCUCGCACGGGCUUUAUAUUCGCGAUUCACGGCACUCGCAUGUGUAUGACCAACAAUUUAUGUAUAGUGUCCAGAAAAUGACUAGCAAUGGCAAGUGGAGGCCCGUAAAUCCUAUUAUCCUGAUUAGAGUGAAACACUCAUUUACAUGAAAAUGACUUGAAUUAGUUUAUGUAGGCUAAUUAGUGUGUGCAAUAGAAUAAAACACGCGAAAUACACGUGAAAUCGAAUUGCUGGCCAUUUGUCCAUGUGAAUUGCUCCUGGCCAUCAGGAGAGGAAGAAAACACACACACACUUACCAUCACAUCAUCCCGGCGAGAACGUACAAAAGCCCACCUUGGAAGAUGAACAUAAGGCACCCAAUUGGCUUCAUUCUGAUGUACAUCGUCACGUUAGCGCAAUGCUCCUCAAUGGAUAUCUACAAGAACACCCAUCUAAGCCCGAGAAUUGUGCAGACACGCUACGGAAGACUACAGGGAAUCAUCUUGCCCUUGGACGGCUACAAAUUUCUCAAGCCCAUCGAGGCAUUUCUCGGCGUUCCAUAUGCCACACCACCAAUUAAAUCAAACAGAUUCAGCCCCACGCGCACCCCUUCGCCCUGGGACGGCGUUCGGCUCUCUGACAAGUACAGCGCAGUGUGUCCACAGCGAUUGCCAGAUAUACAGAACGAGACGGCGGCACUUGAGAAGAUGCCCAAGGGUAGACUUGAGUACCUCAAGCGUCUCCUGCCUUUCCUGCAGAAGCAAUCCGAGGACUGUCUCUACCUCAACGUCUUCUCGCCCGUUUACGCUGCCACAGCUGAGAAAAAGCUCCCCGUUAUUAUGUUCAUACACGGGGAGUCAUUCGAGUGGAACAGUGGCAAUCCAUACGAUGGCUCAGUCCUGGCCAGCUACGGAGACUUAGUAGUUGUCACACUAAAUUAUCGAUUAGGAGUAUUAGGUUUUCUCAAUGCCAAUCCGAGCCCUCAAAUCCGAGCUCGCGUGGCGAACUAUGGCCUUAUGGAUCAGAUGGCGGCGCUGCACUGGGUGCAGCAGAACAUCGCCAAGUUCGGCGGCGAUCCCACGUCUGUGACGCUUGCGGGUCACGGCAGCGGCUCGGCGUGCAUCAACUUCCUUAUGACGUCGCCGACAAUGGUGCCGGGUCUGUUCCACCGCGCCAUCCUGCUCUCGGGCUCGGCGUACGCGUCAUGGGCUGUCGUCGAGGACCCGGUCGUGUACGCCCUGAAGCUGGCCAAGGAGCUCAACUGCACCGUGCCCAGUGAUCUCAUCAAGAAUCACGAACAAAUCGUUGACUGCCUGCGAGAGAUUCCAUUAGAAGACUUGCUCAAUGUUAACAUUCAGGCGCCCAGCUAUCUGAGCGCGUUUGGUCCAUCUGUUGAUGGGGUAGUUAUACGCACAGGACUGUCGAAUCAGGAUCCCGACGAGCUGCUCUCGGCGGGUCCGUCGAAGCGCUCUCACGACUCAUAUCGACGAUACGAUCUGCUCUUCGGUGUAGUCACGGCUGAGGCUUUGUGGCGAUUCAGCAAUGUCGACAUCCUGAAUGGCUUCGAGGGCGAACGUCGCGACAGGAUCAUCCGGACGUACGUCCGCAAUGCCUACACUUUUCAUCUCAGCGAGAUUUUCUACACGGUGGUGAACGAGUACACGGACUGGGAGCGGACCUCACAGCAUCCCAUCAACACGAGGGACGCCGCAGUGGCGGCUCUGUCGGACGCGCAGUUCGUGGCGCCACUUAUGCACACGGGAGACACGCUGGCGCCCCCGCCGGCGCUGCCCGGCCAGGAGAAGUCCGGCCCCAAGUGCUUCUUCUACGUGUUCGACUACCAGACCAAGGAGGGCGACUAUCCGCAGCGCAUGGGAACGGUUCACGGUGAGGACUUGCCAUACGUCUUCGGGGCUCCGCUGGUGGACGGCUUCAGCCACUUUCCCCACAAUUAUACCAAGGCAGAAGUGGCACUGUCAGAGUCUGUAAUUCUGUAUUGGAGCAACUUCGCCCGAACUGGAAAUCCCAAUGAACAUCAGAGGCCGGACUCGGUCUUGGCUGCAACGAAGGAACGCAAUCGAUUCAAGAGCAUUGUGUGGGAUGAAUAUGAUCCCGUCCAUCAGAAGUAUUUGGAAAUGGGAAUGAAGCCCCGCAUGAAGAACCAUUUUCGGGCACAUCAGCUUUCCAUUUGGCUUCGACUAAUUCCCGAACUCCAUCGAGCUGGGAUGGAGGAUGUCAUUGGGCGGCAUAAUUUAUUCAAGAACCACGACAACAUGGAUCUCUACGAGGGUCUCGUGAAGCCAGAUUCACUAUCACGCCUGUCACUGUUCGAGGAGUCCUUCAAGAGGCGAAACUCCAACGACUCCCUGGGUUUGGGCGGUGAGGCUUCUCUUGCAGGGAUUACCACCAUGGAGCCAUUAUCAUUAACAACAUGUAUGCCAGUGGCAAAUUACAGCGCGCUAAGCCCAACUUCUGCCAUUAAUGCCACUACAGACACCCUCAACAGCCUCGAAGCGGCUGGAUAUGCCGCCUACUCCACUGCCCUCAGCGUCACCAUUGCCAUCGGCUGCAGCCUCCUCAUCCUCAAUGUGCUCAUCUUCGCGGGCGUCUACUAUCAGCGCGACAAGACGCGCCUGGAAGUGAAGAGUCUGCAGAAGCAGUACCAGCAGCGAGGCACGCACCAGCAGCCGCCCUUCGAUCCCAUCAAGCAUGCCCACUACCACCUGGGCCACCCGCAGCCGUCCAACGUCAUCGUGGACGUGGAAAACCACGACUCGGGCACAAUCCUGCUCUCGAACGACAUCAAGUCGCCGCACAUUUGCUCCAACACCGCCCGUGAGGAACGGCAGCAGCGUGAGCAACAGCAGCAGCCCGCCAGAGAACACGCCGCUGCUGCAGGGUCUCAACCAUCAGCACCAGCAGUACCACCUGCAGCAGCAGAAGGGCAGCGCGGCCCAGCAGGUGCCGCAGGCCGCCAUCAGCGAGAUGCGCGUCUGAGCGACGAAGAAAGCCUCACAGGAUAUUUGUGCGCGCUUUGUGAAACAGUGAAGGACAAGAUGCACGUAUCAACUCACUCGUCGAGCAAUCUCAACUUCACUGUUCCCGUGUCAACGGCGCAGCGUCAGAUAUCCUCGCAGGAGCAGCAACAGGGCAAUAUUUCCAAUUGUGAUACUGAAGAUGAGAUUCCAGCUUCGGUGAUAAGCAGCGUGGGCACGGUGAAUUAUCAGCAGACCCCGCAUCAGAUCUACGUUGUGGCUACUCAAUCGCCGAGCACUCCGAUCAAGUUGCCCGCGAAGAGCCACACGGAGGCUUCUUCCAGCCACGCCAGCGAUCCCGGGUCGUCCGGCAAGAUGGUGCAGCAGUCUGUGAUUGGACAGGCGGCGCCACCGGCCAGCGUUCAGCCGCGCCUGCAUCCGAAGAAGCGAAAAUUCGACCCGGCUGAGCUGGAGGAGAUGAACUCCACGGCCGUGGCGAAGGUGGACGAGGGAGCUCCAGCUGCGACCAGCGCAGAGACUGUCAGCAAAGUGGCACCGGCAGUGACGGCGUCCAAUGGCGUGACCACGGCACAAAUCAUCUUUACGACGCACUCAGUGCCCGCGUACAGCCACGCCAAUACCUACCAUGUGCAGCCGACAGCCGAGUCAACGCCGGUCAGAGAGGCACCGGCGAUGCCGAGUAUUGAUCUCACGGAGUGGCGCGACCAUCGGGUGCUGCUGAAGCACAUCUCGAUGAACAUCUACCAGCCGGGCUCGAUUAAGGCCGUGGAGCAGCCUCACUCCGUGGUGGUGAAGAUGGACGGCGAAGAGGGAAGCUGCAGGAAGGUGGUGGACGUCUUUGGCGCGAACAGAUUCGACAUUGUGAGCGAUGCAUGUCCUUCAGUGUCAGCGGUGUCUGUCGGAAUGCGCGUGUGUGUCCGGUCGCAGAUAUCAGAUUCGCCUGGAUAUGUUUUUGUGGAGGGAAUUGUGAAUGAUGUGUUGAACAAUACGAAGCAGUUUUCCGUGCAGAUGGCGAACAACGUUCAGGAUGUGAGAAUUGUGAAGCGGGCGGACUUGCGUCUGCUUCAGCCGCCGUGGUGGGAUGAGCUGACAGAUGUGAUGAAGGGCGGGAGUCAGGAUGAUGCCAUGAACACGUUGAGCAGUACAAAUAGCUCGGGAUUACCACAGAUGGGUAAUGCGAAUAGCCAUAAGAGUGAGGUGAGUGAGGCCGAGACGAAGAUUGUGUAUGCGAACUACGUGAAGGGUGCUUGUCGCAAUGUUGCCAUGAAGUCAAUUGUGGCCGUGUCGUCGCGCGCCGCGGCCAAUUACGGUGCGCCAAUGCAUCGAUAUGACACUUCACCGCCAAUUCAGGUGCAUCACGUUCUACCGAUACUGCACAAUCAGGAGGAGUACUAUAGAACCACGGCCACAUCACCUUUUCAGGGGACAAGCGUCACGGCGACAGAGGCGGCACCGCCGGGCGGCUCAAUGGACGCGCUGCCGCCGGGUGUGUCAGUAUUAACCUCUACGACCAGUCCCAAUCCGGAGGAGCUGAUGAGGCGCCAGCGCUUUGACGACUACGAGAGUGACGACGAGCUGCGACGCGAGGACAUCAGUUUCCCUAUUGACGGCGACGUGGAAAAGUUGUCCGGGAGCAGCAAGAGGAGCAGCAUGCAGAGCCGCGGCAGCACGUCGAGCUUGCUGGACCAAAGACUGACACCGCGAUCUCAGCCGGCAACGCCGCGGUCUCAGGCCGCCACGCCGCACCGCUUCAAGAAGGGCGACAUCGUCACGACACCGAGCGGAAUUCGGAAGAAGUUCAACGGGAAGCAGUGGAGACGACUGUGCUCCAACGAUCCCUGCUCCAAGGAAUCUCAGCGGCGUGGCUUCUGCUCACGCCAUCUGAGUCAAAAGGGCAACUCUUUGAGAUCUGCCGGAGGUCCCAAUCAAUUCCCAACGAGUCGCUCCAGCAGCAAAGCUCAAGCUGACGAGGACACAUCGAGGGAUUCAGAAACAUCACCGAAUUAUCGAGUUGCCGGGAGAUUUGAUCAGGAGGAAACUGACGUUGCCAAUAUGCUGGUUUCGCUGAGUAGCUCACGAUCAGCCACACCGUCAUUCUCCUCGCCGACAAACCACGGCUCACCACCAAUUCACACCACGCAGUCUCCAGUGACGGUGGGCAAUCGCCAGAACGUCUUCAUGCCCAUCGGCAAUCCGGCGGCGCAGUCGGAGUCCGCCAAGUGGAAGGCCAAUUCGCCGAGUCCCGUGCAGCACGGCAUGGCGGCGCACUCGCACGUGAUACGGCCGGAGCUGGUGAGGCCGCCGCAGCAGACACAGCCGCCGCCACCGCCACAGGAGAUGCACCAUCAUCAUCAAGCGCAGCCGGCGAUGUCCACGCAGCAACAGGUCUCGGCUCCGCCGCCGAACGUGCCCAUGGGACAUGCAACAAGUGUCAUUCGCAUAUCGCCAGCUUCGAGUCACGCAUACCACUUGCAGCCGGUGAUUAUGGACGCGGGGCACAUGGUGUCCUCCAUUCCGUCAGUGGAGAAGCCGCAGACAAAAAACGGCAUCAAUCCCAACUCUGUGUAUCCUUGGCACACGCUCCUACCCGUGAUUAAUCCGCCUCAGGCGCGUCCUGGGCAGACGCUCUUCAAUUCCAACGCCAAGCCGCCCUCGCCGCCACCGCCUGAAGCCGCAGAACCCACCGCAGACGAUGAUGGAGAAGACGAUCAAGGGGAUGAUGAUGUUUUUGAGACUCCGGCGCCAGAACCUUCAACGUCUGGUGGUCCGAGCGCUUCGACGAAUGACAAUUUUCAUCCACCCUCGAGUAUGGCGAAUGGUAGCAAUAUGGCGUGCAACUUUCUGACCAGCCACGGUCCAUUUGGCAAUCAGGCGGACAACAGCGAGGCCUCGAGUGAGGGUGAAAAGGGGGCUGGCAAUCAAUAUGUUGUGGGAAAUGUGGCUGUUUCGCACACGACAAUUUUGCCAAAGAUUGGUCAGCUGGAGUCAAAUCCAUCCAAGACGCGGCGGACGCAAUCUUGCAGUGCCAUUGAGGCGAGUACAAAGGAUCCACAGAGUCCGCAGGCGAAGAAAGAGGGCGGCGGUGCCAAGAUAAGGCGUCCCAUGAAUGCCUUCAUGAUCUUCUCGAAGAGACACCGUGCUCUAGUGCAUCAGAAGCACCCUAAUCAGGACAAUCGCACCGUCAGCAAGAUUCUGGGUGAAUGGUGGUACGCUUUGGGGCCAGAGGAGAAGGCAAAGUAUCACGAUUUGGCCACUGAGGUCAAAGAGGCGCACUUUAAGGCGCACCCAGAGUGGAAGUGGUGCUCAAAGGACAGAAGAAAGUCAUCGAGUUCAACAAAGGACGGUCGUGGGCGGACGGAUUCGAUCGAUGGGGCGGAUUCUCUGGAUGAAAAGAGUCCCAAGACGCCCGGUGUGGAUUCGUCAAUGCAGCCGAAUGACGUUAUUCCACUCACAAUUUCAGCGUUCAAUGCAAUGGAUGAUGCAGACAUGUCGGUGACGGUGAAGAAGGAGGAGGAAGGCGCCUCUGACAUGAACGCUCAAGUGCAAUGUGGAGAUGGUACAGAGCAGGUGCCACACUCCAGCACGACGAUGUUAAUGGAGCAGCAAAAGGAGGAGGCAAUGUCUGACGAUGAUCAGAUGGUGAUAGCCGAGGAUACAGGUGCAACUGAAAACAAUGCUGAUAUUGAUUUGCAGUGUGCAGAAAAGGUAACGGAUUCAGAUGUUGAAGAAGCGAAUUGUGAUGACUCGGAAGAAUCACACAAGAAGAAGAAGAUGAAUGAAUCGUGUGAUGAGACACCUCAGAUUGGUGCAAAUAGUGGCGUGUCGAAUACCAAUACAGGAAUUAGUGGUGAUUCGCAUCCAAACAUGGAGAUUCGAUGCAAACCGAAACCCAUUAAGCCGGCGUCUCAAAUGGAGAGUGUCAUGUACAGCUAUCCACAAAUGCCCAUCGCCACUUAUGGGCCGAAGAAUCCAUCGGGCGUGUCAACUUUUCAUCCAACAGGUGGUGCUUUCAAAACCAUGCCAGCGAGCCCGAAGAGCGCCAAAAUUCCACGCACAAUGGAUCAAGCGAGCGCCGAGAUGUUUAAUUCGCAGAUGCAAUCGUCGGUGAAGAUGGAGAAUGCUCUGGACUCGUGCAAUGCGAGCAAGAACUCGGCCAUAUUCACGUUCAAUCCCACCCAACACGAUCAGAUGCAGCUGCAGCAGCAGGAGCAGCACAGGCAGAACAUGGAGUAUCAGAAGAAGGCCUAUGCGCACCAUCAUGGCGCUCAGUCGCCGGCGGAGGCGGGCGGCGGUGAUGGUAUUUACAAUAACAAUAAUGUGAACAGCAAAGAAUUGAUUGCAAACACAAAUUUGGCCACAGCAGGUGAUUUGUGUGGUGUCAAAGAGGCGAACAAGGGCAAAAUGGUGGCGACAAUUGGUGGCGAUGCCAACAAGAAGCCACCUGUCGCAUCGCAGCAGAUUCUCAUGAUAAAUCCAAGCACAAUUGCGACAGUGUCGACGCCCGCCUCGUCAAAUCCCUCGCCGGUGGUGAGCCAGAAGCCCAUCAUGCUGGCGCUGAGCAGCAAUCAGCAGAUUGCUUUUGUGCCCGUGACGGAGGAUAAUCCGUACAUGAUGCACAAACGGCCGAGGAUUCACACCGAAUUUAACACUUCGGCGCAAACUAUGGCCAAUACGACAAAGACCACAACAGGAGCUGCGCCAACAGUUCAAUAUGUUAUUCAGGGCCAAAUGCCCAAUCUUCUGAUAUCCACACAAAACUACUCCACGCAGAGUCUGCUGAAAAUUAAACAAGAACAACCACCGGAAUCGCCAGGCAUUAAGAAUCUUCCUGCCACGCCAAAGUCCAGCUCAGCUGAGUCUAUGGACGUGAGCGAGAUGACAAGUGAGGAGAAAGACAAGGCAUUUGACAACUUUGAACCACCGGAGAAGAAGACAUUCAUCCUGGCGCCGACACCAGCUCAGCUGGGAAAGGCUCCACUCCAGAGAAGACAGAACAUGACAUCAAAUGGAAGCUCAAUUGGCCAGAGUGCAAAUGAACCUCAAAUGCCAACAACUGUCAGCAUGGCGUCUAUAACAACGCUGAACAACAGCCUCACGACAAAUUUACCCUCAUCCCUGCCCACGCCAACUUCAGCGACCAUCGAUGAGGUUCACGGUCAAAUGUCGCCGCAGCAGAAGAAGUCAUUCUUCAAGAAGAUCAAGAGCGACGACAUGGACAAUGUGCUGAAACAGGUUGAUUUUGAAAAGAAAUUCCAAACGCUGCCUCAAUUCAAGCCCGAAGACUGCCAAUCACCAAGCGCAAUAUCAAUUGCAUCCUCACCGCGUGUUUUCACGCAGAACUACCGCAAGAAGGCGCAACCUCUGGCCAAAACUCAUACAGGUGACGAGGACAUGUCAGAAGCGGGAAGUGCUGCAUCAACUGCCACACCGUCAGCGUCUUUUAUUGUGGGCAACCGAUUCUUCGGUGCUGACUUCAAUCUCGAUCAAAUGCGAGCUGUUGCCGAUGCUGGUGACUGUGACCGAUCGCCGCGCACGCCAAAGACGCCUCUGCAGAGUGCAUCGUCCGUGCGGAGUGCCACAAUUUGCGGCAGUGCUGGCCCAAUGUGUGGCAGCGCAGCCGGCGUGGGAUCGGCGGGCGGCCAGGAUCCGGCCGAGAAGGGACACCGCAAGAUAUUGGAGCAGCGCCGACAGCUGGUGAUGCAGCUCUUCCAGGAUCACGGAACAUGGUUUCCCACCUCUCAGGCGACAAACAGCUUUCAGUUGGCGCACAAUGACAUCUUCCCCACGAAGCAGAGUCUGCAGCUGAAGAUACGCGAAGUGCGGCAGAAGUACAUGGCUCAGUCAACCGGACCGACAACUCCCAAUGACAUUAGUUCUCCUAUAGAACCGCCUCCACCACAAACGCAAACAUCUCAGCAGCCAUAAAUGAUUAAAGAAAAAAAAAAAUUGAUUUCUCGUCGUUUGUAAGAUAUUUUAGUCGAUAACAAAGUUGAUAAUACUUCUUCCACGUCUCUUUUUUAGCACAGAGAAAAAGUACAUGAUAACAUGUAACGCGCGUUAGAGGAUGAGAUAACGUAAUGCGAAGCUGACUUUUUGGGGUAAAAAUACAAGGAAUUUAUAGUUAAGCGACGGGAAUAUGAAUAGAGUGGAAAUUAUAUUGUACUCUCUCGCGAACGCACUUUCUUCACAAUUGUAAAAGGAACAAAUUCACGUAAAAUACAAGUUGUAGUAAUUUUGUGCGGACGAAGGGAAAAAAAAGCGCCAAAAGCAACUUUUGAGCUUUGACAAUGAGGAGUUGCGAAGGAUGUUAUUUCAUGUUGAUAUUGAACUGAUUAAUUUGUAUUGCAAUAUUUUUUAUAGUUACAAUUCAUUAUGAAAUCACUCAUUUAUAUGAUUUUUUUUAUACACUAUGAAGGGGGGAAGAAGUUUUUUUUCUUAAUCUUUAUAAAUUCAUUAUUUGAGGGAAUUCUUUUUUGUUGAAAAGAUAUAAAAGUAUAAACUUUAAUUGGUGCCAAUAAAAUUGAACAUGUAAUGAGAAGAAGGAAAGAGAAUAAUGAUAACGGAGAAAUUUAGUGAUUAGUGACUUAAAUGGUUAAAUGAACAUGAGGAACAAAUGCAAGCAUAUAAUCUCUUAUAUAAAAUGAUGUUGCAGUGGAAAAUUAUGUACAAUCAUUCACAAAUGGAAUGACUCUUCUUAACAAUUUUUCUUCUUUUUUGUUUCUGUAGAGAAGGAAAAAAAAAAUGUGUAGAGAAAUGCAAGAAUAUUUACAUACAAUUAUGGUUAACUGUCAUGAGAAUUUUUGUCUAGAAAGUCGUCUAAUGUGAAGAGAGAAAAGAAAAAGUAAAGUAUAGGUGAAGUUUUUUGUAGUUUUGAAAAUGCUGCAUAAGACCAUUGAAGAUUUAUUGGUAGAGAAAGAAGAGAAAUAUAUUAUAACUCAAUUCACAAGUUCAGUGUUAUUGAAAUAACCAAAACAAUGAUAGAAUGCACAAAGCAUUAAACCCUCUUAUUAACUUGUCCGGAAGAGAUUUUUCACUUUCUCUUUCACCCUGGCAGAAUUGUAGAUCGUCUACUUAAUGUUUCCCACUGCAUUUAGUGUAGAAUUGCGGCCAGUUCAACAGCCAAUCAAUGUGAAAUCACGGUUGCGCUUUUCUUGGCGUGGUAUUCGGAGUAGGCGAAGCCACAAAUCUGCAGCUAAAGUAAACAUCCACCCCCGAAAGCACUUUAAAUAUGCACAGUAGAAAGAAAUGUAUUUGAUGUUCCACGGGCGAAAGAGAGUUUCUUAUAGCAUUGCUAUGUUAGUGUUUGGAAAAGAGGGCAAUUUUAGAACUUGAUAUACAUAUUUAAUGGAAAUAUAUUGUGAUCGACGCACUUCCCCAAAGCAAAGAAGAAACAACAUUGAUCGAUUUCACGGUGACACGAUAGAAAAGCCGCUCUUUUCGGACUUUUUAGAGACGAUUUUUGGCUGAUGGAUGGUUUCGAAAAAAAAUGCACACAGAUUAAGAAAGACAGAAAGAAAAAAACGAACAAAUUUAUUCCGAUUUCAAGUGAAUAUUUAUUGUAGUCAGAGUUGUAGAAAAGAAGUUAAUGUAUGACUACUCAAUGGACAAUAUAUGAUUAAGAAUAUUUUCUCUAAAAAAAACAAAAGAAAUUGAAAUCUACCACAAAAAGAAAACUUUCUAUCGAAGAAAUGACAAGCUUAAGGAAGAGAAUCCCUAUUUUUACACUCUUUACCAUGAAUAGAUUAUUUGUGAAAGAACUUCUACUCUUUCCCUUUAACUCUAGGCGUUACUUUUUAUCACAUUGUCCUCCACUUUGCGCCCCAAACUUAAGAUGUUGACCUUAGGAAGAGGAGAAAAUACAAUUUAAAGCUGUGACUAGAUCUUUCUUCCUCGUAGACAGACAAACAAUCCCUUUGCUAUUCCACAAAUUACAUAAAAGGACGGUCACGGCAAACCUUUUUCUCUCCCAACUCUAGAGAUCCUCGGCAUUUUUACAAGACACACACAAAUAAACUCGAUGUGGAAUAAACGAAUUAAUUAGUAGGAUGUGAAGGAAAACAAACAAGAUAUUUUAAAUUGUAUGUUGUAUUGAAACAUAAACAAACACGUGAAUAAUUGUGUAGAGAAAACCCUAAUAAUUCUGAGAGAACCAAAUCCGUUUCUUGUGCGCGCAAAGAUGCAAUUUAGAUGCAAUCUUGGAUCAUGGUUUUCAUCAAGGAAAAAAAAAUAUCAUUGUAGAGAAGGAAUACGAAAAAAAAAUUAUAUAAUGCAGAAGUGUAAAUUAUUAUAUAUAUCUAAUCAUACAAUCAAUUGGUUGUUAUUUGAUGAAGAAAGAAGAGAAAAAAAAACAAUGAGAAACUUGAGAUGGAAAAAAAAAAUUAUUCACAAAGGAAAAGAGGAGCAUUAUAUUGAUUAUUACAGACUUAGGUAAUAAUACUAAGAAUACGUUUAAAUUUAUGAUAACAAGAAACAACAAAAAUAUAUGCUAUGAAAUGGAAUAAAUGAAAAUAUUACAGUAAAAUAA